AUGGAUUCUCCGAGUUCCCCAAAGAAAGUGCUGGUCAAGGACCUCUGCCCCGAUGCUGCAGAUGCACAUUCCGGAGGUUCCGAACCGAAGAAGCUGCCGCAGAAGCUUCAGAUGCCCCCCAUUCCGAUGACGCCAUCGCCAUCGCAGUCUCCAACCAAAAAGAUGAACUUCCUCUUCAGCCAGGAGAUGAAGAGUGAGCUUGCGACGUCCAUCCGUUCUAUCUUCCAGAAGUGGGAUCCAGGGUAUGAGGUGACUGACUACCUCAAGGAACGUGCUGUUCAGGUUGAGGAGGCAGAUAAUCCGGGAAGCUUGGGACACCCACAGCUAUGUCGACGUCGUUGCAUCUACUUCGCCAAAGGGCAUUGCCAACAUGGCUCUUCGUGUGGGUUCUGUCAUUUGGAGCACACCCGUCAGCCAGCGCAGCUGGACAAGAAGCAGCGGACCAUCUUUGACAAGCUUACGGAGGGGCAGAAGUUGGAGAUCCUCCUCCCCCACCUCCGAGCGAAAGCCACGGAGGAGCAGCUGCAGCACAAAGCUGACUCGGUGGUGCAGAUCAUGGAGAGGCGGAUGCACGAGGUUUCGCCGGGUGCCCCCGCACUUCCAGAAGAGUUGACUGACAGCCGGAUGUCCAACCUGGACAAGGUCUUCGCCCGCAUGACGUUCGCAGGCUUAGUGGGACUUUCCUUCCGUAAAACAGUGGACGAGUCCGACUACGUUGUUUCCGUGCUGGAUGCUUUGGAGCGGCUGCGUGUGAAGUAUGCAGCUACCAGCCCGCGCAGUGAGAGCACCGAAGAUGCUAGCGCACUUUAUGCCUGA